UGGGCAGUUCUCUGUCCAUUCUGACACAGUAUCCUCCUGUCUGGGAGAACAGGACAGCUCUGUGAUUAGGCCUGAAGUCCCCUGCUCCCUCAGCCCCUACUCAGGAUGGAUGUGGGGCCCAGCUGCCAGCCCCAGCGAGGAAUCUGCCUGAUGCUGCUUCUGCUGGCUCUGAUACUCAGGAGCCAGGCCAACACCAACUGCUAUGGAAUUCCAGGGAUGCCAGGUCUGCCAGGGGCCCCUGGGAAGGAUGGGCAUGAUGGACUGCCGGGGCCCAAGGGUGAGCCAGGAAUCCCAGCCAUCCCUGGGACACGAGGACCCAAGGGUCAGAAGGGCGAGCCUGGCAUGCCUGGCUAUCGUGGAAAAAAUGGCCCCAUGGGGCCCUCUGGGUUGCCAGGGGAUCCAGGCCCCAGGGGACCUCCUGGGGAGCCAGGCGAGGAGGGCCGAUACAAACAGAAGCACCAGUCCGUGUUCACAGUCACCCGGCAGACAGCCCAGUACCCAGCAGCCAACAGCCUGGUCAAGUUCAACUCUGUGAUCACCAACCCUCAGGGGGAUUAUGACACCAGCACAGGGAAGUUCACCUGCAAAGUGCCCGGCCUCUACUACUUUAUCUACCACACAUCGCAGACGGCCAACCUGUGCGUGCAGCUGUUCCACAAUAAUGUCAAGGUGACCAGCUUCUGCGACCACAUGUCUAAUAGCAAGCAGGUCAGCUCUGGAGGAGUACUGCUGCGGCUGCAGAAGGGCGAUGAGGUGUGGCUGGCAGUCAACGACUACAAUGGCAUGGUGGGCACCGAGGGCUCCGACAGCGUCUUCUCAGGCUUCCUGCUGUUUCCUGACUAGACUGGCAAGCUGAAUCCAGCCCCCAGACCCUCCCCCACCUCGAUCCCUCUGCUUCCUCCAUCCUCACUCAGACCCUUCCACACUGCUGACCUCUUCCUCCUGGAAGCCCACCUGGCUCCUGAUCCAUCAGCCAGCUGACUCCUCUGAGCCUACUGAUAUCAUCCGUGUGGCGGUUUACCCCUUGAGACUCUUUGUUUCAGAUGGAGAGAUACAUAAAUAAAUAGAUCACUAAUUA